AUGGUACUGAUGGUGCGUAAUUUCAUUCUCUUCUUGCCAUUGUCGUCCUCGUCCUUCUUUGCUCUUUUGUCAGCAACAGGGUCUCCGUAGAAGACGCCACAAUGUAAUUAAGGUUUUAUAGGAGACUUUUUUCUACCCUAUCUGUUAUUUUAUUGUCCGUAGAUUUCACCGUUCCCUAUUAAUGGCUUGAUCACCAAACCUACCCUGACAUCUACGUCCAGUUACCUACGUGUAGUAGAUCCCCUGUCUUGCUAGUACUUUUCUAUCAUCGAUGAAUUUCAGAGCGGCCUCUAAGGCUAUUUCCUCACGAUAGCCUCUUUGUUUCGUAAGCACUCAUCGAGACCGAAUGCCUUCCUACCUCCCUUCAGUUUGCAGAACCAAAGGGAGACCACGUUUUUAUAGAUUAUAAAAGAGUUCGAAUUUGAGUCGCCGCUCCCAACCCCGAGGUCCAUAAAGGGAGCUAGUCGAAAUUCUGUUGUGAGAGAGUUCAGAUUACGUUGGGCGAUGCAGAUAGUUGCGGUUGGGUCUGUGUGCAAGUAGUGGGCGUUGUAAGGUGACCGCCAAUGCGACCUUCCCCGUCUCAGGAAUUCGAAUGGGCCGUGCAUUUUUCAUUGAUGUGCCAGGACUUGCCUACUCUUCAUGGACGUCAGUUAUACUAACAUUGGCCGUUUUCGUGCCCCAAAAUCGCCUUAUAUGCAAUGUUUUAGAGAUCUUUAUUGCCCUCCUUUCCGUCCCAUUUCAUUGGAUCGAACCCUUCUAGUUUUCGGGCUGCAUACUGGGGGGAUAAGACUGUCGAAUUCCUCCCAGGCUGCAAUUUCGCAGAGCAAACCGUGGUUUGAGUCGGGCAACAUUUUAUCCGAGAGACAUCGUCGACGAGCACAGUGGAGACCAGAGUAAGAAGUUCUGGCUAGUCGCUGCUGUUUGUCACUAGGUCGUACUCUAAACUCCGAUGUCGGUCGACGGCGGUCGACAAGGCGUAAGCGAUGUGCACGGUGACCAACCCGACAAAUUUCCACUCUCCAGCCUCUCCGCCAUAGGGUUGAGCUGAUUUAUGUCUGGCCCACAUGCCCGUCCCCUCCUCUCCACCAGUUCCCGAGUUUUGGAGGCUUCGCGACCACCCAGGAGUGCUCUGGACCGCAGUUCUGAAGCUGACAACAACGGCGGACGCCACUCUCUCAUGACCUUAAGCCUUUUUUCCUUGACAGAUCGCCUUAAGGAGGUGGGAGGCGUGCCUGUUGUCCUUUGGUCUAACCAACGAACAGGGCACUUUUUCUAGGAAAUCCUUGCCCAAAAAAACUUAGAUAUGUUGAGCAAGAGGACAUAUUGCUGCUCAGCGGCUCUCUUCCUUCAGCGCUCACUUGAAUGUCCCGCUUCAGGCUAUUUUCACCCAACCUGUCUGUCCAUUGAUGGAGCCACAAACGAAGCAGUCAGUUGGCACUGGUAAGACAGGACUGACUGCCAAACAUGCGGGAUGGCGGCCACGCAAGCGUCGGGCUCAUUUCUGAUCCGAAGUCUCUUGGCGGUUGUUGUUUACUUAGUUGGCCUGCCGUGCUUCGUUCGCCUGACAAGCACUUCACAGUUGUCCAGUCCACCACUAGGGUUGGGGGGGGGGAUACCAGCCUCACCGAAAAGUAUUUUGCCCCCUUGUGCCCGCUUCUCUGGGGGGGAGGGGUGAAUAACCCUAAUGAGGUCUUCCCCCGUCCUCUGUCUACGCACUGAUUGACGUCGGACUAGCAGGGGCGACUAUUCCCGCCACACGCGGCUUGGUUGUCUUGCGUCGGCAAAACUCCCAUCGGGCACCAGCAUCUUGUCUGAUCAAGGCUGUCUGGUCUACUGGUAGUGAUUUUUUGGCGUGGGAUGAGGUCGUGCCGUCUCAUUGUCGGGAAUAGCAGGCUCAGUGGGGCCGGAGGGGGGACAUCUUUCGGAGUUCAUUGUUGGCGGCGAGUGAUCUCAGUCCACCGAGGGCGUGCUUGCUCCCACACCCAGUGCUCAGCGUUACAUGGGCAGCGACGAAAAUGUGCAAUUGUGAUCAACCACUAGAUUGUCUUCUUCUUUCCCCUCCGUCACAGCGAAUGUCUCCGGCCAACAGACCCCUGCCACCCCUGCCGGACGAGGCGGAGACGCAGCGUCAGCAGAUUCGUCCACGUCCUGCGCCGGUUCCACCCUCUUCUAGUCCCCUGCACGACCGGAGCAAAGCCGAAAAGGCGCCACCAUCUCAGGCGAUCACUGUUGCCACCGCCGCUGCCGCGGUCCCAACACGUCCGCGAGUGCCUCGCAUGGGCACCUGGUCACCACACAGUCUCCAUCAGCAGCAACAGCCACGCGAAUCUGGUGAAGUACUGCUAAGUAACCCAAAGCUGGAGAGUUUGAAGGCUCAGGAAACAGGAAUAGAUGGUCUGCGAGGAAGUCGCCACGUUCACAGUGGUUCCCUACGACAGUCGUCUACGUCCGCGGCUGCGGCGGCGAAGUGCGCGGCGACAACGGCAGGUGUGGCAGCCUGUGCACCCGAGAGAAGAUCCUGGGAGCUUCAUACUCUCUCCAUACCAGUCAGGAAGCCUGGAGAGGUUGCUGAUGGUAAGUCCUGCUUAUAUAUAUGUACAGUAGGUGGGCUGACUCAUGAAAUGUUAGCCGAAAUUCUGAAAUGCGUUUUCGUUUCGAAAAGAUUACUCAAGUAGGGUUUUAAAAAUUAAUCAUAAUGCAGCAUAAUUCUAUAAUAAUUCAAUUACCACAGGAUGCUGGCUUUCGAAGGAACAUCUUUUCAACCGUAUGCAUAAAUCAUACUCUAAAAACGACCAUUUAAAUAGCAUGAUUUUUUUUCAUCGCUUUUCGAUGCCCUUAAAAAUGCAAUAUGUUUCACGGAAAACAUGCGCAAAAAUCCUCAUUCUUUUACUCGUUCGGUAGACAAUGAUGUCUUCUUCCAACAUUAUACAUGAAAGAACGGUAUAAUUCAGUUUUAAAAAGUUUAUAAUUGUGAGAUUUUUUAAUACCGUGAAGUGGCCGUUCAUAAAACGUCAUAUCUCUGCAUUUACCAAAGUGGUUUUUAAAGUUAGCGUUAUGACUUAAAUCCAUUGCUAAAUUUUAUGAACCCCAUAUGGUUUUCCGUAAGCGGAAUAUAUACGGCUUGUAGUUUGGGAACCCUGAAUGCAAGCGUGACAGGAGAUCGGGUUCAAAAUUAAUUGGGAAUUGGAAAAGUUUUUGAAAACCGAAUGAUGCCCCUCCUUCGAGUAUAACAUUGGAAGAAGACAUAAUGACCUACCAAAAGAAUAAAAUAAUUAGCAUUUUAUGCAUGGUUUCCAUGAAAUACAAUUGUCUUUUUAAGGGCACCGAAAUCAGUGAGAAAAAUUCGUGAUACGUUAGUGGUCGUUUUUUACAGAGUAUGGUUUUUGCAUGCGGUUGAAAAGAUGUUCGUUCGAAAGCAAGCAUUCCGAUGUAAUUUAAUUAUUAUAGAAUUAUGCUGCAUGAUGAUUACUUGUAAAACCCUACUUGAGCAAUCUUCGAAACGAAAACGCAUUUCAGAAUGUUGGUUAACAUUUAAUGAGUUACCCCAUCUACCCUAUGUAUAAAUAUAUAAAUCUAAAUCUAAAUAUAUAUGAAAAAGGAAGUGGUUCUUCGGAAAAAUCGAGUUAUAUAUGUGACAUGCAAAAGGGGAAUUCCAAGAGAUUCGAUUUGGAAGAGGAAUUUCUUUAGAAAACUGGAACUUUUAUUGUCUAAAUUUUCGAGGCUGUCCCCCACCUCGUCUUCAGACUAUGAGCGUACAAGAACAAGUAACUCUUUAAUUUAGUCUACAAAGGAUUCUACGAUCGAUCAGCCCCUGUGUCAGUACGCGUUCAUUGCAUUUUUUCACUUGUUCGGGGUUGGUUGCGCUAGUUUGAAUUUUCCUUAAUGACUUUGUAUCCGGCAUCUAGAUCCACACGCCGAUUGACGCCUCAUCUGUGUGCGUUGCAUCCAGGGUUCGUGGCCUUCCCUUAUUACGAGUGUUCUACCACUUAAAUUUGUGCCCAGGGUCUAGUGGUCACCUGAGAUAGAUUGCCGCGUCUCUUCAUAGCUAACCGAUGUUCUUCUAUACGGGCUGAGACGGAUUUCCCAGUUUGGCCACUAUAGACGGCUUUCUAACUGGCACAUGGUAUUUUGGAUAUAACGCCUUGUCUGCCGAGCUAGCCAACCCUGUCCUUACGGUGUACAAGCUGUAGGCUAUGUGUAUCUGAUGUUUUUUUAGUUGCUUUUCGACUGGUUCGGAUACAUUUUUCACGUAUGAAAUAGUUCUUCAGGUGAUUGAUUCUGGUGCCUGGGCGGCCGUAACUUUAGAAAUACCUUUUCUCCUGAAUUGCCGCUGCCUCAUACAUUGACGUGCACGUAUACACGCACAUAUGUAUAUGUAAUGAAGAGUAACUCACUUAUACGAAUGCUAUCCAGAAGGGUCUUAACCACACGAUUCUGUGGAACACCCCGAAGCUCGUGAAGAGUUGGCUGUAAUUACUCGACGCGCAUUCAACUUGAUUAGCAAGGAGCAUCAUCCACGCGGUGGUAACAUACCGACUUGUAAGUGAGCAUCUCUUCAGUCACCGUGUAAAUUGCGCUGGGGAACAAUCGAUACCCAAGUUGUAUUCAUUUUUGCGCUGAUUUUCGGUCCCUGCAUUAUUUCGAGCAUAUUUUAUAAACAAUACAGAAACAUUUUUUAAAUAUAACCACCUUGUGGAAAAUGAAAGAAUCUCGUUGUCUUUACUUUGAAAUGAGAUAUUAUUUCGAUCUGCGUGCCGAGGUCCCUUAUUGCUUAUGCAACGUUGCAAUCGAUGUAAAUUUAGUUGUUUACUUAGUGGACGACAAUACGCUUUACAAAUAAUCAUGCGACCGCCUGACGAGUUAUCGUAAUCGCAAUUUUGGAAAGUAAAUAAAUAAGACAUAAAUUAUUAGAAAACAAGUGCGCUUCCUUUCCAUAAAAUGGGAAUAGCUUUAUGCAAGCUCCAACAACUCAAUAAGAACUAAUCAUGGGCCUUUUUUUCCAAGAGACAAUGUUGGGAAUUACAGAACUAUCUGCUCCAAUACGACUUUGCAAGUUGUGUUUUCUUCUGACAUGACUUUACAAGUCGCAGCUUGAUUGGCGGAACUUCGCGAUAUUCGUUAGAAAAUGAGCACUUGUCGGAAGAAGUGUUUUUAUUGGCAAAAGCUAGUGAAGGUCCUCUACUGAGCUUAAUGGGGCUGUUAGUGCCCCAGCGAUCGCCUCUUAAAGUGACGACUGGUCUUAUGUGUCAGAAGUGUCUGCUCCCAACCGUGGCUGCGUUUGUUCCCGCGCGAACAACCUCUUUCUAUUCUAGCCUCCCCCUGCCCCCCCCCCCCGGCCGGGAAUGUUUUGUUCGGAUCGAAGGCAGGCGUCCCUGAAUCCAUACGCACUUGGUUUCCUUACAUGACUACCAUGGAUUCCACCAGGCCAUUUUGCCCUUGUAUCCUCUUUUGCGGGGCUCAGGGUCUCCGCUUUCUACAGCUUCCAGUGUCGCAGUGUCGCUCUAGAAGGGGGGGGGGGGAGGGGAGCACGUAAGAGGACGGCAACUCCGGCUCCUGUUUAGUAGCUACCUUCAUUCCCGGUGUCCUUUCGAAGACUGUUAAUUCUCUCCUCUAAUGUAAGGUACACAGACUGAAAUUAGGGCAUUAAGUUGAUAUGUGAGGACAGGAAAAGAGUCGUUUAACAUAAUUAUGUUAAACACAACCGUCGUUCCCCCCGCUUUCCCCUACACAGAGCAGAAGGCUUGAUUGACUCAGUCCGUCGUAAGAAGUGUUGUUCUCAGAUUGCCUGCCUGCGCGGUACCCCCACAAACUGCAUUCACAGUUCUUUUUGAAAGCGGUUUAAAAGAAAAAACUCGCGAGGUCUGCACUGCAACCACACUCUGGUGUCAGCCGUCCGGUGUACUUCACGUCGCAGUGUCUCCACAUAAAGGCUUAAUUACACGUCUGAAAGCCCAGUCAUGAGAGCGAAGCGUUUUCCUCUUUCACUCUCUCUCUCUGACCGGUGACGACGGAGCGGAACGCAUCUGUCUGUCCGCCUGUGCACGUGCGUUUUCGACUUGUUCCGCCGCAAUCUGUCAGAGCGACGACAAGAACAGUCGGAAUGAUUUACAACCUCGGGAUUUCGGACUUAUUUCUUUGAGUCCCCCCUUCCAGUCCCGAUGAUGUUUUCCGUUCUCCUCCUCUGCCUACAAACAGUGUUCCCCCUGUGGGAAAGACAGAAAGGACUAAAGCUGCGUUAGCGAUAGGGUGUAACGUCAUUAACUGCUAGUCUGGGGGGGGGGGGAGGAGGGAGGGUGGGGAGGAAGGAGGCUUAGCCUGUCUCUCGCGUAAGGGGCGUUCUAACUGAACAGGAUUCUGGGCCUGUGCUUGACUCUCCGCACCGCCUGUCUAACUUCGCUGGAGUACCUCGUCUUCCAGAAACUAAUAUAGGAAGCCAACAGACAGAUGAGGACUACACGUGUGUCGCCUAUCUCCGAACGCAUCAAAUACCUAGAUUAUACACAUAUAUUAGAAGCAAUUUUUCGAUAAAAUAUAAGUAAUUCAAGGUGUGUGAAUUAGUCUUAAAGUAUGAUCCAUACUUACGAUAUCGGAAAUCCCCCUUAAUUAGGCUCAAUAAUGUAGUAACUUUAAUUCAUUUUGCGGCGAAAUUCGGAUCCACGACAGUGUAGAAAAGGCUUCAGUACAGCCAACGCCCUAGCCACCUGAGCUACGAGGACCCACCGGGACUCGUGGGAUUAAUCACAUUUUAGUCAAGUUAUCCAGCUAUUGAUAGGCAAUGUUACAGAAAUUCCGGCACCUCCAGAGCAUUCAGCUCACAGACUUAUUACAUCUGCUCAUCUAGACGAGACGCAAAAACCCACAGAGCAGUACACGGAAACUUGACAGGGGCAUUGACUGGCCAGCGCACGAUAGCUCACUAACUUGGGCGUGAAAAGUGCUUCACCCACUUGCAUUAACGACACUUGAGGAAAUCUCAUUCGAUGCCUGUUUAAAUCUAGUAAUGUCCCUUGCCCAAAAGAUGUGUCAUUAUCUUAUUACUGGAGCUUGCUGUGUAGAAAGACACGUCCUCUGGAGGGUUCAGUGAUUCAAGACGGAGAAUAUGUCGAUCGUGAAAGUCACAACUAUCUUGAAGAGCUCGCAGAAGCAUUCCGGUAGUCCAUUAUCGGUGGGUUUACUAAUGUUGAUUAUGAAGCAUGAUACCGUCUAGAUUCAUCACUAUAUUUACUGCGCGCUGACAUAGGGCAUAUGAAGUUGUUUUUAAUAAAGUGCGAGUGAAAGUGCAGAUUUUUUCCAAGACUCCGUAAUUUUCAACCAAAUGAGGUGUGAAAGGAAAUGUUUGUACACGACUGUUGAAUUUAUCUAGGUACUGAAAACCAGUUGCCGAAAGGUAUCCAACUUACAUGGCUGACAUUGGCGACGGGAAAGUCUCGAUUAAUCGCCGUCAGUCGGUUUUUUGAGUAGCUUUAGCCUAUGCCCCUUGCAAUAGCAAUUUUUGAUUUGGAGACUACCUUACGAUUUGUCUGGUGAUUCAUGGAUUUUAUCGCUGUAUACACAUAUAUGUCCUAUAUUACAGAACAUGCUUGACCCGUUGUGCUUUGGGGCUAUACGCAGGGCGGCGAGUACAGUCGCUCAACGACAAAUAGCAUUGGUUGUCGUCACGAGGACACUGAAAUUGUGUGUGAAACGAUUAAUUGCGUGAUAAAUGAUGUUUGAUAUUCAAGUCAUACACAGCAGCACGACAGGCCCGUGACUCACUUGAUACAGCGUUAAACUCAUCAAAGCUCGACGACCAAAGAACACGGGAUUGAGACUCGGGUGCUGCGAACCCGGGUUUACUUGUGGCUGGCUGACGACGGCUAAUACGCCAGAAAUGGCCAUCCCAGUCCCCCUCUGUCUUUGUCGGUAAUCUCCUUUCGGCCUCUAUGCGGAUGCGUGCGGCGCCCCAAAGCGCAUCUGGACGGGCAUGUUUCGUAACCCGGUCGGCGAACGGAUUUCCAACAUUGUUAAUAUUUCCGAUUGCAACCGACAGGACAAUGGGCCUCUUAACUAAAUUAAUGGUCAGGUCUGACCAACGAUGGAAAAUGAGCCAGAAGUGGCCAUCCGAGUCUCCCUUGUCUUUGUUAGUAAUCUCCUUCAGAAUGGGAUCGAGUGAGAUCCUAAGCACAACAGUGAGGGUCAAAGGCCCACUUGACAUGCUUAUAUACCUCACUUCAUAAGGCCUAUGACGUAUUGAUGAUCGGUAACGACCAAGAAACAGCUGUCUGCGUCUGGCCUGUUGCACUCUUAGCGAGCUGCCUAUGUAUAUAUAUCGCAGGAAGAGCGCUCACCGAUCGGGGGUUUGGAGACGCGCUCUACACGUUGCGUCUUAGGGCCAAAUCCAAAGCCCUCGUAGACGGUAGCAUAGGGGUAUGUAACAUGCGGGAAGGGGGGUACCGACACAUCCGUGUACACAUGUAUAUACAUAUCCAUAGAUCUGGGUCUCAAGGAAUGUAAGCAUCUGCAAUGCCAUAGUCAGCAAACCGAGACCCUCGCAGCCUGGUGUGCACUGGCGGUUUCCCUGCUCGUAGGAGCGCUUGCGCUUCCGCUGGGUAUACAGGUCGUGAGCGUGGCUGGCCAGUCAUAUUUGUCUUUUUGACCCGUUGUGGUGUUUUCGUUGUUGUUGUUGUUGCUGCUGCUGGUUAAGUGUUUGUUGUGGGCCAGGGGGUGUUGUGACACGCCUAGGUGCGGAUCCGGCCAUGUCAGCCGUCUGUGUCCUUCCGAGCCCAGGUGGGGCGGGAGGGAGAGUGCGGUAGAUGCCGCGCAAGUCUACACUCACUAUAAGCUUCUUCACGCGCAAGUCACUGUACCUGCCUGACCUUGUAGUAGAGCAGACAGUAAACAUUGUCGAGGGCGACGGUCGAACUGUCAUAUACAUACACGGAAGUCAGGGGUUUACUGCCCUGACAGGCCGAAUGCCAGCAAGCUUCCAUUGUCGGAUCUAGGUUUGGUACAGGCAUUGCUCCUGUUGGUGGUGUGCCGUUGGCACCCAGGCGACAGCACCCAUUGCACAGCGGAAUGGAUGAUUGUUGCCAUGAGGACAGAUGGUCCGUCCCGUCACCCGAUCGGAGAACGGCGUCGGGACGACAACAGUCAUUGCUCUCAUCUGCAUUGUCCGCAUUUGUUGUCCCCCGGUCCGCGUACCUUCUCCCCGUAUCCCCGUUCUAACCUGUUCAUUCAUGUGUGAUCGGUGGUUGCUACGUUAUCAUUGACGCCACUGCUGCCAUCUGGCUGGCAGUUCCCCUCGUCAGACCUGUGUUCACUCUCGUCUGCUUUCGAGCCCGACAGUCGGAUGGGGGGGGGGGGGGUCUCGUUCGCAUUGAGCUGUCCGCUGCCGGUUCUUGUGUCUGAUAUCCGUUCGCCCCCCCCCCUCCCGUAUUUACUCUCGGCGUGGUUUCGUCUGCCAUGUCUAGUCUGACUUUCUGUCUGUGGUUCUGCUCACUAAGCUACGGACUUAGAGCUUCGCAGUUACAUGGUGGUUGAUGGGAGUAUUUGCGGUGUCAGAUUUCGAACGGCUCUUUGACUGUUUGUCGGUAAUUUUACUCGGGCCUACUACAUCCCGAGACUGUGCCGUAUAUCUAUAUACGCAUAUAUAUGUACCUAUACGGAUCUUGUUUGCUUCCGGAAACCAAUAGAUCGGUGUGAACUAAUUCCCGUUUAAAUAAAUACUUGAUCAGCAGCGACAAAUAAUGGCCGGUGGUGAGGCACUGAUGAACUUCAGCUCGAUGAAGGACUUAUGACCCAUUUGCUAGACUCCGUAUUUGGUCAUCUGUGCCAUGUAUGAGCACAUGUUUGUGUUUCUGGUCCCAACUGUUGGUCAGGCUUAUGAUGAGCUUAAUCAAGGUAGCAUAAGCCUGAAACAGUACUGUAUCAAUCUACCCACAUUCUCUGUCGGCCCUAUGCUAUGAUAACUUGGAGGAAUUCGGCCUGAUAGUUAGUUGCCUGUUCGUGACCUUUGCCACCCAUGCGGAGAGCGUGUUAUACGUGCGGCGUAAGUUUGCUUCGCAGUAAACUAUUCCAUGCGCAAGUCAACACUGCACCCUCUUCGUUGCGGUGUUGGUGGUCGUGGCAUCCAACGGAUGAUCAAUCGCGCAUGGACCUUGAUGGUGGUGGACGUGAGCAGGCGAUCACCGAGACACGCACGCAAUCGCACACACAUCGGAGCAGCUCUCAUAAAUCUCUCCUAACACUACCCGCCACUGUUCACUUCUCCCGACAUCGUCGCCACCGCUGUUGUCACGGCACUUGGACAGCUGUCCAGCAUACUUCGUAUUGCUGUAAAGGCAGCAUUCAAGAUGGUUUGCGCACCUCAGAGCGCACUCCGCGCAUGCGGGGGGGGGGAGAGAACGGGUGCGGCAGGUGGAGGUGCAUCACAGCACCACCAGUGAUGUCGCUGUGCUCCAUCUCACCGCCGGACUGACAAAACUUGUCGCCGGAAUAUACUUGCCGACCUGUCGUGCGGGUGCCGCGCCCCUACCGCGAGUUUCCGCCAUCUCUCCCCGAGGUCCCACGUCACUCCUCCCCUCUAUCCUCUAACUGUCCCCUGGCCUUACUGUCUAUAUGGUGAUUAAUCUGCAAUUUCCGGGGAAAAUACGCGAACGUCCACAUAUAUAUGUGCAUGCGCAGCGUUGAGAUGGCAGGCGGCAUUUCUACCGAUCACCGCGGCGGCUGUGAACAGCCUGCCUCUGCCGCUGAUGACAGGCAUUCGUGCUUGACUGACUGACAUUGCCGGCUAAUGGCAGGGGGGGAGGAUAGCGGAAAUAACGCCAGCCCCCCACCUCUCGCAUGCGCACGCGUCCGUCCGUCCGCCGAUUUUCGCUAUCCGAAGACUUGUCUGCCGAUCUGCUCACUCGCCUUCCUCCUGUCUUUCCUCCAGUUUGACCAGUCUUUGAGUGCAUUUGAUGAGACUGGGCUAAGUAUCACUGACUAAAUGAUUACGUCCUUCUUCAGAUCUUCUGGUCAGAUCAGUGCCAACGGAACACGCAUACGCGGAAUACCUCACAAUUCCUCCUCGGCCGCCAAACAGCCAAACCCCCACUUUACCUGUCGCCGGCUCCGAUGACGGCUACACCUCCCUAAACAAUCCGCCCUCCGAGGGCGAAGGGGAGUAUGAGCAACCCAAAAAUAAGUCAGUUGACGGCAAGGAGAUGGUAGACCCGCCACAGCAUCACCGUCGGACCUCCCGCCGUAGACGCCGAGUCCGCGUGCUGGUGAAACGAGUCCCCCGACCUUCCUCGUCCUCCUGCCGUUGGUCCUCCACUUCGGAUGGCGGAGCAACCAUAUAUGGCGGGUACUACGCAGCCAAUCAGGGACCCCAACAGCUCCAGAACCACCAUCGCCGUCAACACCGACGUCAUCAUCAUCAGCAACAGCACAAACGACGCCCAGAUGUCGCGCGGGCAGGGGAAGCAGCAGCAGGGGCCCUUGACAGUGGCUACUUCGAAUCCGUAGAAGCGACGACGGUAAGCUGUAUUGACGACCUUUACCGGCUUCGGUUACGACGCGUUUCCGGCCGUCACCGCGAGGAUUCUAAGGAGCAACAGUGGCAGCAACAGCCACACUCCGCUAAGACGCAUCGUAUGAAUUCAAGGUUAGUAGGCUUAUUUGUGUUCUGGAUCUUUCCGCACACUAUAGCAUAUAUAUAUAUAUAUAUAUAUAUAUAUAUAUUAUCGCGGGGUAUAUGAGGUACAUGAUUGUCAGUUGCACCAAGUACCCGGAUAUUGAAGUUUGACAUUUUAAAGAGACGAAUGGAGGCGAAUGUGCGCGUCUCAGAUUCUUUUUGGAAAGAAGAUAAAAACGUGAUUACUGGAACUGUAGGUGUAUUAGUCUAAACUUUCGGACUCGUACAUGAGUCCAUCAUCCAGAAACUGUGUGAGUGCACAAAUGGGUAAACAGUACGACGUUCUGGCUCGCAAAUACUCAAACACAUUCGGAUCGUUUGGAGGGGCGGGCCACUGUCUCCAGUCGUUAUGCGUAUGCUGGAGGAAGGUCAUGAGUUCGGCUUUGCGGGCACACAGAUGUUGAGGUGAGCCGGAAACAAGAGGCGAUGUGAACUGCUGGAGGCGUGGGUGUCAGACACCAGCUCCAUCAACAGACACAAUGACUUACCCUCGUGUUAUCACGCGCCACAACUACUCAGCCAGAUGGCGCUGUCCACUUCCUUGCCAAAAGCGCACGUCGUCAUCACCCCGUGUGACCACUGUGAGCCACGCGGCGCGAACCCGACACGGUCAUGGACACUACCCCUCCCCCAGUUUUCGACCACAAUAAUGUUCACUCGUUGUUCCACCCACACAGUCUCUGAUGAUGGACUCCGGUACGAGCUCGAAAGCCCAGACUAAUAAACCUACUUUCCUCAGUGAUCGCGUUUUCGCCUUCUUUUCAAUUUUACUUCGACCUCGCCUUUCGCUCAGUUCUCAUUAGCGACUUCAUUAAGAGGCAGUCACACCCUGACAGUCGUUUUGACGAGCGGAAGAAAUCAGAUGAGGGUCAGUCGUGUUUCUCAAACCUUAGUGAAGCUGUGUAUGCGUAGCCUGGUUUCAGUUGCUAUAAGGUAAUCGGCAGGCAUGCGAAGCGCUUAGAUGGAGACUCUUUACCAAUGCUCGGUUUAACGGUUCGCUCGGAAGUUAACCAACUAAGCCCGUUUCUAUAUUUCUUUCGAACCAACCAAUCAGAUAAAUGUAACUGGACACACACACAUAUAUAUAUAUAUAUUAUGAUAGUGGGCGCUCACCGAUCAGGUUACAAAACAUGCUCGUUCCGUUGUGCCUUGGGGCUCAUACUUAAACCCUCGCAGGCAGUCGCACAGCGACUAGUGAUAUAUGUUGAGAAGGUGAUACCGACAAAGACAAGGGAGACCGGAAUGGCCAUUUCUGGCUUAUUAGCCGUCAUCAGCCAGUCAUACCCAACCCCAAGUGUGGAUCACCUGAGAUUCGAACCCGGGAUAUUUAGUCAUGGAGUUUGACGCUCUACCAUUGAGCCACGGGCCCGUUGAGCCCCAAGGCACAACAGAACGAGCAUGUUCUGUAACCUGAUCGGUGAGCGCCCAUCUGUCAUAAUAUAUAUAUAUAUGCACACCAAUGGUCUGCCUGUUCUGUCGCGCCAACGGGUCUAGUGACAACUCAACUUCCUCUCUUGUUUUCAUUUUGUCUAACGACGGGCUGGUGUCACCAGCUCGAAACAACUCCAAACCAGCAGGAACAGACACCCCAACACCCUGAUGAUGGAAACGAGGAAGUUUCCGAAACGUCAGCACCAAUACAGUGUGGUCCAUGCAAUCGCCCCUUUUUCUUCUUCGUCUUCUUUUGGGGAUGAUGAACGGGAUAUAUAUGUACAUGUACAUAUGAUUAAAUGAAGUCCACCAGUAGAAUAGCGCCGGUGAAAACUUAAGUGUCAAAAAGAGCUUUGGUCUUCCUGCUCGACGACCACGUGGGUUGGAUUUAGAGAGAAUCGCCAUCUUAUGUGCUGGACAUAUGGCCAAAAGUCGGUACGAGAUGGACCCAUAGGAACAUUGCCAAUCUACCAAGUGAAUGUAAGACUAUUGCCUAUCUCCAUCUGCUGCAAAAAGCGAAAUGCCUAAGCAAAUUCUGCCAGAGCAACCUGUCUGUACACGAAGGAACAGAAACACGUGGUCGUAAAAAGUGCUGUGUAAUUAUACCUUUGAAUUUGGGCUCUUGCACUCACUUUUCUUUGAUUUAAGUUUCUGGACUGCAUCGUCACAGAAGAAAUCAGCGGGCUAGCUCGUGAAGCAAGAACGCAUAGAUGCAUUGAGAAGUCUCGAGAAUAACCUCUUUCAUCGUGUCCCUUUGCCUUAAACUAUCUACAACUCUGUAUUUCUCGAGCACAAAGUACCUCGGAGGCGGAAUAUUUUGCACCGUGGAGGUUACUGCAAGCAGUUUUGGGUGUUCUACGAUAAAACAAAGUUGUUGGAGAAUGGCUUACAUUAUCCUAACCAAGUAACCCUCUUACCUUGAUAGGCGUAAGCACUGGAGUCCUUCUUACACCACCAGGAUACCGGACGAGCACCAUCCUGCCGGCCACGGCCGAUCGAAACACGAGACGGCUGCCACCGGAACCGGCGUUCCCUCAGUGAAGCAAUCCACCAGGACUCCUGCUUCCCCAUCGCCUCUCGCGAACGAUGCGCCCUCAACUCUCGCCCUGCCAGAAGACAGUUCACUGUUGUCGCUCACCCGCGCGCCUUCACGGAGACAUCGUCGCAGUUCUUCCUGUCGCUGCCAUUGUUCCCAGCGUCUCGCACAGGUCUGCGAGAAGGCGGAACUUCAGGCGGCGGGUUGCCAAGAGGCCGAUCUAGUCUAUGAAGUGGUUCGCUCAGAUACUGAAACGACUGCAACGAAUACGGAACGUGAUAUAGAGGAUGAGGAGGACUUGCAACCUCUACUAGCGGUGGAAGAAGGUACCGGAGCCACCGCCGCCGCCGUGGCUUACGCCAAGCGUUUUCUUUACUCCAACAGCCUGCAUUACCCUGGGAAUGGUACUCUGCCAGCAGUUAGCGCAGGCUCUAUCACCCGCGCCACUGCCAGGCAGGCCAAUGCUACCUCACGGCCGCGUCGCUCAGCCAACACACUUCGGCGUCGCCCUAUGCAGUACGAUUCUUGUACAAUGGUCACCAUGCUUGUUGUUUAG